CAGAUAACAGUAACGUAAUCAAGAUAUUAUGUGCUAACGGUGUCUAUUUUUACGCUACAGUACUAUUCUGGCACCGAUAGCACGCCCCGAAUACUAACAGUAACUGAAAUCAAUACUUAAAUGUCGCUUGGAGGCGAACACAAAACGUUAGGAGAGUUGCCCCCAUGUUUUUUCAGUAGUUCGACUUUGUAAUCAUUAUAACGCAGGGUUGAUUAGUCCUUUUAAAAUGAAUGAUGAAAAAGAUAGCAGCCCUUUGGAAAUCUGCUUUCUGCAAGACGUUCACGAAAUUCUAAGCUGCUUAGAGUCUGGACGCGAUGUUGAAAACUUGAGUCAAAAAGUUACGAAUCUGAAAGAAAAGAUGGAGCAAGCACGACAAGAAAUUAACCAAGCUAAAGGAAUUGAUAAUACUUUACCACAGCAAACAGUAUUGUUAAAAUCGUUACAAGACCAGUUAAAGAUAAAAUGUGACAUUGUCGAAAAAUAUCGUAAUUUUUCCACUAAGCCUAAUUCAGACAAUCUUAUGCAAUUGCAAUACCCAUCUUACGAAGGUUAAAUACGAAAAAUACCUUAUAUUUGUGGUGAAUUCGUGCUUCAUUUAUGGUGAAAUGCAAAAAUAUUAUAAACCAUGCAAUACUACUGUGCUAAUAAUCAGUGAACUUAUAUUUGUGGGAAAUUUCUCCAUUACUGUUUAGUGGUAAAUAGCAAAAAGAUUGCGCACCGCAAAUAAUAGUCGUGGAUUUUUUUUUUACAAUUUUAUUUUUAGGUAUAUACAAAUAGGUAUUUGACUGUGGAUAGUUAAAGUCUAAAAACUUCAAUAUGUCGCAUAAUGAUUCAGAUGAAGCCGGUAAAAUAUUCGUUGGUGGUUUGUCUCGGCAAACGACAAGCGAGGGGUUCAAACAAUAUUUUGAGGGGUUCGGGGAAGUUACCGAUUGCGUUUUAAUGAAGGACAAAGAAACGGGUGUUUCCAGGGGGUUUGGGUUUAUUACUUUCGCCAAUCCAUCGAGUGUAAAUGAAGUGUUGAAAGCAAGGCCUCAUACCCUGGAUAAUAAAGGGAUUGACCCAAAGCCAUGCACUCCUAAAGCAGUGCUUCAACAGAAGAAGGCAACCGCCAACAGUUUCACGAAGUCACACAAGAUAUUUAUUGGUGGGAUCUCCAUGGAAGCCACACAGGAGGAUGUAAAAGGAUAUUUUGAAAGAUAUGGAACGGUGGCUGAAGUGGUUUUCGUAUUAAACAAGGAGGAUCCCAGCAAACCACAUAAAGGGUUUGGUUUCGUGACAUUUGAAGACGAAUCAUCCGUAGACCAAGCUAUUGCCAAACAUUACCAUACCAUCAAAGAUAAAAGAAUUGAGGCAAAAAAAGCGGAAAGUCGCGAACGAAUGGAUUCAAUGAAAGGAGCUGGAGGGCAAUAUGGACAAAACCAAGGGUAUGGUAACAAUGGAUAUGGUGGUGGAAACUCCGGGUAUGGGCAAGGUAACCAAGGUGGUUGGAUGCCUGACCAAAACAUGAUGGGUAACUAUGGAUAUGGUAACCAACAAGGCUACCCAACCAGCUACCCACAACAAGGAUAUGGAAACCAACCUUACGGUUACGGCUACGGAGGUUACAAUGGCGGAAACAUGGGAAUGCAAAAUCAAAUGAUGGGUGGACAAGGUUACCCGCAACAAGGGGGGCCAAUGGGGGCGCCCCCUCCUACCCCCGAUAAUAUGAGUGGUAAUAUGGGCGCCAACGGUGGCUACCAACAGCAAGGGGGUAUGCCAAGACAAGCUUCAAAUAAUGGAGGCAACGCAGGCCCUCCCAACCCACCAGCAGCAUCAAACAUGGGGGGAGGUUAUUCACAAAAUGCUUCACAGUACGGAGCUGUACGUGGGGGUGGGGAUUACAACAACGCUCAAUCUAACAACCCUCCUCCUGCUGGAGGAUCAUCCAAUUACUCACAAAAACCCGCAGCUGGCUCCGGCAACACUGGCUACCAUCCUUACAGGAGAUAAGCAAGUUUGGAAACACUGGAUAAUACAAUAACAUUGGGCAUGAUCAUUGAAAUAGAAUACCAAUGCACAAUCUACAGCUAACUUGAGUUGCAGUUUGUGCCAUCUACGCUGCGUUAAUUGUGAAUAAACAUUUUUUAACUAAA